CUCUGUGUCUGAGGCCCAAAAACAUUACUAUUAUACAGCUUAGAGUGUGUAGCACCUCAUUUCCAUUGUCAAGUGUUGAAGCUUUAUUUUUGGCAACAAAUAGAUUGUUGUUGCCAGUCAUUUAGUAUUAUGCCUCCAAAUGGAAAAAAGCAACUAUUACCUCCCCCUGAUGUAGUUAGCAACCUUCCCGAUAGUGUAAUAGAUGAGAUUCUAAUGAGGUUGCCUUUACGAGAUGCUGUGAGGACAGGUAUCUUAUCAAAGAAAUGGAGAUGUAAUUGGUGCAGACUCCCACAGUUAACACUUGAUAGAACACUUUGGAAAACAACUGAGGACUUAAUGUCCCCUACAAUUGGAUUUACUAACAUUGUCCAUCACUUCUUGACCCUUCAUACAGGACAAAUUAGCAAGUUUACCCUCGACAUUCAUGAUCUGGAAACAUGUCCUAAGAUUGACAACUUGAUAUCUUUCCUGUCUAGGAAUGACAUUCAACAUCUUGUUGUUCAACUUCCAUUCACGAGUAAACCAUACAAAUUGCAUUCUUCAAUUUUCACUUGUUCGCAAUUGAGGCAUCUAAUUCUUGCGCAUUGUCUAAUACGUCCUCCACCGCUCUUUAAGGGAUUUGAUAGGUUAAUUAGCCUAGAACUAAUUGAAGUCACAAUUUCUUCUGAAUUGGUUGGAAGUCUAAUCUCCCAUUGCCCGUUGCUUGAGCAUUUGGUGCUGGAACAAGACAAACAAGAUGAUGUUUCAGGCCAUAUUGAAAUUAGUGCUCCCAAGCUGAGGUCAUUUUUCUUCAUAGGCGGUAUAAAUUUUUUACAUCUAAAAAAUGUCCCUCUUCUUUCCAAAGUUUCAUAUAAGCCUUUAGCAUUUUUUAUAGCGGCAGAAUGUGAUCUUGCCAAGAUUUUUGAGUCUAUUCCUGCUCUCGAGAAUCUCUGCUGGAAUCAGGACAAUGUCAAGGACGAUUAUGUUGGACAAGCCGAAGUUAUACCAACAAGGCUUCCCUCUGCUCUUAACUGUCUUAAACGUCUUUGCCUAUCUUGGUUUAUUCUGGAAGAAUUCUCUGUGCUUUCAUUUGCUCUUUGCUUGAUAAGAAGCUCCCCAAAUUUAGAAGAAAUAGAAAUUGAGGUGUGUGUUCUUAAAGAUGAGAUCUAUUAUGAAGUUGUGCGCCGGGAUGCUGUUGAUGAGAUUCCUGCAAGCUUCUCAAAUAUGACAUUUAAUCACCUCAGGACAGUUAAUAUUUACAAUGUAGCAGGAACCAAGGCUGAAAUGCAGCUUAUCAAGGUUUUAUUGGCUAAGUCCCCGGCACUGGUCAGAAUGUUAAUCAAGCCUUGUAGAAUGGAAGAUAGAAAAUCUCUCAAAGUAGUCGCGGAGAUAACAAAUUUUCCUCGGGCAUCAUCUAAAGCCCAAGUCGUGUAUAAUGUAGAUUAGUAUCCAUAUCAUAAUCCUGCUCGAUCACAAGUCUUCAAUCAGAUCAUGAAUUUUGGCUAAAAUGUUUUGGAAGUUGAAAGUGUGAAUAGAAAUGAAUGUUGAUGCAGUGCUAAGGCUGUGUCUUCCCCUUCCCAUAAGUGAAUCUGGUCAAACGUUUUGACUAAUCUGUUUCAUAAUGCUAAGUUUGAAAUGGUUUUUAAAUUUCAUGCCUGUUAUUGAUAUAUGAAAUGAAACAUGACAUGAAUUGUCACUGGUUUGUUUUAAAGUA